AUGUCUCUCAAACCUAUUACUCUGUAUGGCCACGGACCUGGCCCCAAUCCCUGGAAGGUGGUCAUGGUCCUCGAAGAGCUUGGAAUUCCUUACAAUCCCAAGAACGUUGCUCUGUCUGAUCUGAAGAAAGAGCCCUAUGAGUCUGUCAACCCCAACGGCCGCGUCCCAGCAAUAGAAGACCCCAACACCGGCAUCACUCUGUGGGAAUCCGGCGCUAUUUUGGAGUAUCUGGUGGAGAAAUAUGACAAAGACCACAAGAUUAGCUUUGCAGCUGGCUCUCAGGAUUAUUUCCUCGCCAAACAAUGGCUACACUUCCAGAUGUCCGGUCAGGGCCCCUACUUCGGCCAAGCCGUGUGGUUCACCCUCUACCACUCGGAGAAGAUCCAGAGUGCCAAGGAUCGCUACGUGAAUGAGAUUCGCCGCGUCUCCGGUGUACUCAACCGUGAGUUAGCCAAUAAGGAAUACCUUGUUGGCGGGAAGUUCAGCUAUGUCGACCUCGCUUUUAUUCCAUGGUACCGAGUUACUGCCCUAUUCGAAAUCGACCUGGAGAAGGACUACCCGAAUUUGAAUGCUUGGCUAAAUCGCCAGCUGGCUCGUUCGGCCAUUGCAAAAGCCAUGAAGGAACGCGACGAGGUGAUGGCAGCGGCAGGUCGUUAA